UCAAGCCAAUAGCUGUUCAGGCCCCAAAGAAGACCCUCCUCCUUCUACCUUAUGGCAUGAACUCUGUUUGUUUUCCUUCACUUUCACAGCUCUCACCCUGGGAACCGAGCUGAUGAACACAGCCGAGAGAUAAAACAAAUGUUUUUUUUCCGCUUCUCCAGAAGAGUCGUAGUGGCCGUCGAAUGAGACAGCGGUGUUUAUGGACAUGUUUACAUUACCGCUCCGUUUCUGUGAGGUGACUCAGUCCAGAUGAAGCCUUGUGUGAGAUGAUCAGGAUGAAGUCCACUCGGAGCUUCAUGUUUUUAAUUUGUCCCAUGCUGGUGCUGAUAUUCCUCUACUAUUCCUCUGGCAGACUGCACCUACGGACCUCAGUGCAGAAAUCUCAGGCUCGUUUGGAUAGUUUACACUCCGUGGGACGUGUAGUAGCUCCAGGAAUGACCACCUGGAGGGGAAAACAGAGUUUUUCUUCAUUCAUUGCUCACCAGUCAUUUUUACCAGAGUACGACAAGCAGGGAUUCCUUACCAAGCUUGACAGAAAACUGCCCCUGGAGCUGCAGUAUAAAUAUGGUAACCUCAGUAAAGGAGAGUGUAAACCGGGUUAUACAGAGGCCAAGAUGACAUUAAUCUAUCCAAAGUUUUCAAAACCAGCUCCCAUGUUCCUUGAUCCGAAUUUUAAGAGGCUAUCAAAAAUCAGCAGUUACCCACCUCCUUUUGGAGUAAGAACACAAGAAAAGAUCAUCGAUCAUAUUUUAUCAGCUACAAAAAGCUAUUCGCUGGGUUCAGAACUGGACAGUCUCAGUUGUAAGAAGUGUAUUAUUAUUGGAAACGGAGGCAUUCUGUACAAUAAGUCCUUGGGCUCCAAAAUCGAUCAAUAUGAUGUUGUUGUACGACUAAACGAGGCUCCAGUUGCCGGUUUUGAGAAGGACGUGGGCUCGAAGACCACCAUGCGCAUCACCUACCCUGAAGGAGCCAUCCAGAAACCAGAGCGCUACGAGAAGAGCUCGCUUUUCGUCUUCUCUGCCUUUAAGGCCAUGGACUUCAAAUGGCUGCGUCACAUGGUGUUCAAGGACAAGCUUCGGACUAUGGAGGGAUUCUGGAAGUCCGUGGCACGUGUCGUUCCCAGAGAUCCAGAAGACAUGCGGAUCCUGAACCCGUAUUUCAUCCAGGAAGCGGCCUUCAAAUUCAUCGGUCUUCCACAUAACAGAGGCCUCAUGGGAAGAGGGAAUAUUCCCACACUGGGGACUGUUGCAAUCACAAUGGCCCUCCAUAACUGCGACGAGGUGGCGGUGGCUGGAUUCGGAUAUGACAUGAAUACACCUCAUGCACCUCUGCACUAUUACGAGAAGCUCAAGAUGUCUGCAAUCAAAGAGUCAUGGACACACAACAUAUCCAAAGAGAAGGAGUUUCUCCGGAAGCUGGUGAUGGGGGGCGUUAUUCAGGACCUGACCAAUGGGAUCUGACAUUACAUCCACAUCAUACAGCUGAUAGUUAGUAUUCACCAUAUCAAAGUGGUGACAGCCGUCCCAGCUGAUGGACUCUCACUAAUGCGAGCCGUCACAGGUACAAUCGCAUGAUGCCACUGGAGGAAGUGAACUCACCUCAUAUGCUGGACGGUAUCCAUGGCAACCUCACCUCAAUCACGGUAUUGCUUGUUUUAGGAUGCCACGUAGGCCAGAGUCCGUCCCUACGCGCCUGACAAAGACUGGAAACAUGCUGCUUUCUCCUGUUUUUUACUCUACAGCAGCUGUUGUGAACUGGAUUCAGUAUUUAUUUUAGACAGUAUUUUAAUCACAGUCAUUAAGAUGCUUUAUUUUCUAAGCCAAGUCAGCUUUAAUGUUUUAAUACUGUUCUCUUAAAUCUCAGGCUAUG